AUGGUACUCCUGGUGCACAAAACACAAGAAAACGAAGAACAAAUCACGGAGUAAAGUUUCAAUUACUAUGGUAUCACAUUAUUCUACCCUACCCUAUCCCAUCCUACCCAGCUCAUACAGUAACCUACUACAAACAAAAUGUAAACGUACAGUAAUACCAUACCUUUUAGAGAGUUCUCAAUAGAACCUUUUGGCAAGUUUGGCGUUAUACAUAAUCGACCGUUUCAAACGUAUUACAUUGUGGUAGACGACGAUCAUUACCUUGGUAUGUUUACAUUUGAAACCCUUUUACUUCAUAUAAGUCGAUUAGAAAGGAAUGACGCAUUAAAACUUUUUAAAAACGUAUUAUUGCUCCCCCUCUUAAAAAAUUUUACCCCCUCCCCUCUGCUACCCUCUCCCCUACUCCAAAAAAUGUAAACAAAGUUGUUUCAGAAGUAUCACAGCUACCACAAGAUCUACCAUGUCAACUAGAGAACCAAACAAGAACCGAAACUACAGUAUACCUGCCACCAUCCGAGUUCCUUCGUAUCAUACUGACACGUACUGGCCAAGUAUUUGGAAACGAGAACUACAUUGGUCGACUACGACCGGUCGUAGUGAGAAAAGACAAGAACAAGUACGAUGUGGUCGAUGUUACAAUAGGAGUGACGAGGAGUAUGAGGGUAUGGUUUCCGGACGAUGGGUACGUAGAAGGCGUGGGUAAUGCACAACUGUUUUUGGACAUUAUCAAUGACAUGGCACAACACAGAGAGAACAUGAAGAGGGAUGUGGACUUUGAUCUGACUAUCAUCAUCAAUGCUCUGCUGUUUUUAAUGUGAGUGAAACGUUACUUUCGUAGUUUACAGUAUUUUACUCAAAAAUGUAAUGAAUAGAAAAAUCAAUACAAACGCGACGAAAUGUCAAAAAUAAAAUUUUGCAUAAUUAGUGUCAAAACUUCAAAAAAUGACAUAUUGUGAUGUAUUUUUAAAUUAAAAAAAAUAUAAUUUUGAGAUUUCGUCACACUUGUAUUGAUUUUCGCUCUUAUUGAUUAAUUAUGCUAGUUUUCAGAGGAUUCAUUAUAAGCGCUAUAACAGUGACCGGAUCUUCAUGUUAUUUUAUGGAAAAGUCGUAUAUAAAAGGGGUAAGACUUUUUUAAAUUUUAAAUUCAAGAAAAUUUCAUUAAAAUUUGCAAAUUUCAAAAAAAAAUUAUGUCAUUCUUAUCUAACUUAUUGGAUCUAUAAUAUCUCAAAUGUAAUUUCUUUCAGAUCCGCAACAUUCAAUCCAAAAACAUCCCUCCAGGCGUACUCUAUGCCAUGGGGCGACGAAAAGUGACAAUAACCAAGGUACGAAAGCCAAAACCGAAGAAGGAAAAGAAAAAAGUUAAAGUACCCAAGCCGAAAGUAACCAAAAAGAAAAAGUCAUCAAAGAAGUUGAAAAAACUAAAGCCAGAGAAGAGGAAACGACCGGUCGACCCGGAAAGUGUGACAGACAAGAGUAAGAGUAGUGGUCAGAAGAAUGCCAAACACGACACCUCUAAUGCUACAGUAAUCAGUAGAACCAGGAAACAAAUUUCUGAAGAGAAAUCCGUCUAUGAAACCGAAGUUACUCAAAGCGAAACUGACAUAAUUGAUGUGAGAUUUAUGAAAUUUCAAAAUUUAAAAUUUUUAAAAUUCAAAAAAAAUUAAAUUAAUUUAAAAAAAUAUAUGAUUUUUGUCUUUUUAGUAAUAAAAUGUAAAAAAAAACCAUUUUAUAGUACUAAAACUUGAAAUUUCAGCAAGUUAGUAACCCGUCAGACUCCACAGCACUAGAAGCCAAAGCCUCUGAUUAUGCCACAGACUUUAAGGAUUCACCAGUAGAAAACCAAACACAAAUGGGAUAA